CUCCGAGCACGCACAAACGUGUCAUCAGCGUGGUCUGGUCAGGUUUAUUGCGCGCGCCACAAGGAACUGGACCGAGUUUAACGCGCUGCUUUUCCCGAUGAUGCGCUUCUUUGGAGAUGAAACAUUAUCCUGGUUUAGCUUACUAAGCUUACUAAAGCUAGCCACGUAACUCUCGAACUUGUUUCAUUCUCAGCAUUUUGCGGAUUCAUACAUUUUAAAAGAAGAAGAGGAAGAAAAAAACUCAGAAAUGAGAGCUCAAAUAGAGGUGAUUCCAUGUAAGAUCUGUGGUGAUAAGUCUUCUGGGAUCCAUUAUGGUGUCAUCACCUGUGAAGGCUGCAAGGGAUUUUUCCGACGCAGCCAACAGAACAACGCUAUGUACUCAUGUUCACGGCAGAGGAACUGCCUGAUCGACCGGACCAACAGGAACCGCUGCCAGCACUGUCGUCUCCAGAAGUGCUUGGCACUUGGCAUGAGCCGAGAUGCGGUAAAGUUUGGGCGCAUGUCAAAAAAGCAACGUGACAGCCUGUACGCGGAGGUGCAGCGGCACCAGCAGCUGACUCAGGAGCCUGAGGAGACAGGCGAGGAAGGUGUACACAGCCGCUCGUACGGCAGCACAGGCUCCAACACCACCCUAAGUGAUCUAGACGACAUCACCACACUGCCCGACGGCCUGCUGUUCGACCUGCCACUUACACCAGGGGAGGCAGCUGAGUACUGUGCCCUCGAGCUGCUCGAAGGUGGGGCCAGUAGUGGAACAGGAAGUGCAGUGAGCAGCAGCUCAUCCAAUCAAAGCUCUCCAGAGCCUAGCAUGCUGGAUAUAGUGGAAGCAGGUCGGGUGAAGCACGAGUACCAGCUGCUUCCUGAACCCAGCCUUCUCACGCACGCGCUGCUGGGGGCGCUAUCCGAUGACUGCUCCCUGCUUGAUAUAGAGCGGAUCACUCAGAAUGUGGCGAAGUCCCAUUUAGAGACGUGUCAGUACAGCACAGAGGAGCUGAAACGACUCACCUGGAGUCUGUAUACGCCAGAGGAAACCCGCUCCUUCCAGCUCAAGUCUGCCGAGUGGAUGUGGCAGCAGUGUGCCGUGCACAUCACCAACGCCAUCCAGUAUGUAGUGGAGUUUGCCAAGCGCGUCAGUGGCUUCAUGGACCUCUGCCAGAAUGACCAGAUUAUCCUCCUUAAAGCAGGCUGCUUAGAGGUCCUGCUGAUCCGCAUGUGCCGCGCAUACAACUCAACCAAUAACACAAUGUUGUUCAACGGCAAGUUUGCCAGCCCUCAGCUCUUUAAAGCACUAGGCUGUGAUGACCUGGUAAAUGCCAUCUUUGAGUUGGCCAAAAGUGUGUGUCGCUUGCAGCUGAGUGAGGAGGAGAUGGCCCUGUUCAGUGCCGCCAUCUUAUUAUCGCCUGAUCGCCCAUGGUUAACCGAGAGUCAGCAGGUGCAAAAGCUGCAGGAGAAGGUUUAUUUGGCACUGCAGCACAGCCUGCACAGGGGAGGAGGCGGUCAAGAGAAACUCGACAAGAUGGUGUCCAAGUUGCCACAGAUGAAGUCGAUUUGUAACCUCCACAUCGACAAGCUGGAGUUUUUCCGUCUGGUUCACCCUGAAACGGCCUACAGCUUCCCUCCUCUCUAUAGGGAAGUGUUUGGCAGUGAGAUCAACUUCCCUGACUCCACUGACAGUUAGAGGAAAGGCGAGAAGAGUGUGUGUGUGUGGCGGGGGUGUAUGUGGCAGAAAAGGAAGAGAAUCGGAUUUACUGGUGCAGAGAGAGGAUGUGUGAAAGAGAGGAUGUCAAAAACCGAGGAAUAUAAAGAAUAGUAGAGGCCUCAGGUGUGAAAACCUUUCAGUGUAAAAAAAAAAAACCAAACAAACAAAAAAAAAGGAAUCGAAACCUGUAAAAACCUCUUAAAAGCCCAGACAAUCAGGCGUUUUUGUCAUGUAUGUGUAGGAAGAGCACCACACACACGACUAACGCAUCACACACUCCUGUGACACACCAGUUCUAACACCUAAAAGCACUUUUUUUUCUAUUAUUUAGGAAUAUCUAUUCAGGUAGAGGUUCAUAAUCCUGUCCUCAGGGAUCCUCUGCCAGUACAGAUUUUGUUCUGGCCCUUUUCUGAAUGCACUUCUACCAGAAAAAUUGUGUUUAUUCGGUUCAAGUGCAGUGGUUUUUAUCUGAAAUAAAACACUAAGUACCCUUGAACUUAGUGGAAAUAAUUAUGAAUGUACAUCCCGCAUAACAGCACAUGCUAUUUAACCGAAUGUACAUAAAGUACAUGACUUGAUCUGUAUAGCCCAAAUCGGUUCCGCGUGACAAUCGAGAAACUUAUUAAACCAGUCAGUGCCCAGAUGUUUGGUAGUAGAAUAGGACCAACCUCCAUAAUCAAGUCGUUAACCUGCUGGUAGGGCUGGGCGAUAUGAUCAUAUGAUGUUGUUAUAGAUGAUAUUCACAAUAGAUCUUUGUGGAAUAUCGCAGGUACAGUAUCACCAGUGCAAUCACCACUACCUAAAUUCAUUGUUACUUAGAAUAACAAGCAAGAUACAGUAUAUAUUACUGUAAAAUAUGGUUUAUUUCCCAUGGUAAAGUUGUAAACUCCUAAAAUCAAAGUUAAGGGAUUCUCUGCAGUUAUGGUAAUCACUAGGGGUGUAAUAAUGAGGUACCAGGCGUAACCCGAGUAGGUUAACCCCCAUCGUGAAAUUGUGAAAUUUAUAAUGUCACAGAAACAUUAACUAGUCCAUAACACAACACAGGAUCAUCUUCCUGUAUUUCCUUUUUUAUUCUUGUGGCAAACACAUCUGUCCAAUAAGUGAAAAAGACGAAUGACACAUUUCGGUAUGCUUGGAUUUUUCUCUGUGUGAGAAAAAACUGAACCUA